AUGAGUAAUAAUUCGAAACCGACAAAAAGGUCAUCAGAGCCUAGUACAUCGCGAGUUGCAAGAAGAAAACGACUAAAUAGUUCGGAAGUGGAAGAACUUUUACGGGACUCGGACGAAGAUGUUUAUGCAGGGAGUGAUGUAGAUGAUUUAGAAAACAUAGCCGACGAAGGUGAUGCAAGUUCAGAAUCUGCAGCAGACGAAGAGGAGGAGGAAAACGUGGAAGCUGUGCCUGAACAACGUUUCGAUGCCUCUAGUGAUCAGACUUCAUCGUCGCCACCGACUGACCUUCAGCAGCCAUUCAGAACAGCAUCUACGACACGUUGGACUACCGAUUCUAGUUCGAUGAGAGAUAUUUCUUUCACGAAGACAUAUGAACUGCUUGUGCCACCGCCAGGCAGUCCUAGAGGUACAAUGGAUGAAACUUCUGGCCCAGGACACACAGAAAAAAUUGUAGAAAAGUUAUUGCAAAAUAAUUUAGAUUCCGGCCACGCUGUCUUUAUGGACAAUUUCGGCAUUGUUGUAUUAAAACCAUUAGCUGUCCUACAAUAUAAUCAAAACAUGUCAGUCGUAGACCUACAAGAUCAAAUGCUCAGCUACGUAAACUCUAGGUGGUAUGUGAAAAUUUUCAUACAUGUUAUAAUGAUGAGCAUGUUAAAUGCUCGACAACUCUACAACAAAUUCUCAGGCAAGCCUAGCUUAUCAUUAUAUGAUUUUAGAGAAAAAGUCAUCGAGUCAUUUUUGCCUGAACGUCAAGUUGAGCCACAAGUGUCGCAGCAAUCUAAAAAAAACAGAUUAACUAAAAUAGAGAAAUCUAAAGAGAUUUUUUCAGUACUGGUAGAAAAGCUACUGUAA